UUAUACAGGUUAAAUACAUAGCAGUGGAUAGACGGAAAGUAACUAGUCAGAUAAGAAACUAAAGAAGUCAAUAUUUGAUAUUCUAGCCAGCUGUAUAAAUACCCGGUUACAUUAUGGCUGUGCCUGGUAAAAAGGCAUCUCAGAAACUGUCAUCUACACUAUCUCGAGGAGGUGCUGAAGAUUUUGACAUAUUCUGUGAACAAUGUGACAGAGAUGACAUCAGACUACCUGCCUUUGGUUAUUGUGUGGAUUGUGAGGAACAUUUAUGCCAAACUUGCUUUAACACUCACAGGCGACCAAAAUCACUACGCCAUCACCAACUUCAAGAUAAAGAUCACAUGCCAGAUAAACAAAAGCUCCAUAAGUCAUUAAAAUCUACUUCUGGUGGAAAGACAGCUGAUUUGACAAAGUCUUGUCCUAAACAUACCAAUGAAAUUAUCAAGUUCUACUGUCAUGACCAUAACACACUUAUAUGUAGCGUUUGUGUAACCCUUGAACACACACCAACAUCCUGCCGUGUGGACUAUAUACCUAAUAUAUCAGGGAAGAUUUUAGACAGCACUGAGUUCAAAGAAACUCUUAAAGAUAUUAACACAUUAACAGACAAAUGCUGCCAGAUUACAAAAGAUUUAAAACAAAGAGUUGACAAAUCAACAAUUUCUCUUAAAGAUGCUAUAGUAGAAAUAGAAAACUUUAGAAAAGAGAUAAACAAAAGAUUAGAUGAACUAGAAAAGGAAGUUAAAGAGACUGCAACAAAAAUCAAACAUGAAAAUCAAAGAAAGUUGAAAACAACAGAAACAAUGUGUGAUGACAUCAACAAAUCACUCCAAGCAUCAGCUGAUACUCUAAAACAUCUCAACACCAACAAGAAAACUGACCAAUUAUUUACUGAAUUGAAAAAAGCUCAGCAAUUGAUAUUACACAAUGAAAAUAUAACAAAACAACUACCAACAACCAAUGAUGUUGAUGAAUACAAUUUUGAAUCAAAUCAUGCAAUCAAAAAACUCUUUCAGAAUGAGAAAUCAUUCGGAACAUUGAGAAAAAAGGAACAGAAGAUACCAUCUCAACCAAAGAAUAAAUGUCCAGUACCAAUGAAAUUGUCUACCCUUAGAAACAUCAAUGUUAAAUUAUCCUCAGAUGAAGAUGAUUGCUGGAUUACUGGUAUAACUGUCUCUCCCCAGAACCAAUUAUUUGCAGCAGAUUUCCAAAAUAACUCAAUUAAAAUCAUAGACAUAAAAACUGGAGCAAUCAAACAAUUACAGCUUGAAACAUAUCCCUGGGAUAUCACCAAAGUAACCAGAGAUACACUUGCUGUUACAUUACCAGGCAUUGACACAAUACAGUUUAUUUCCUUCUCAUCAAACUCUCUCUCAUUGAAAAACAAACUGACAGUAGAUGGAUAUUGCUAUGGGAUAAGCCAUCAUCAGGGGAAACUUGCAGUCACCUUUUCAACUCCUGUUAAACUCCAAAUCAUGGACUUGAAAGGUAAUAUUGAAAUAACAGUUGAGAAAGAUUCCAAUGGUGACAGUAUUUUCAGUAGGCCUUUGUAUGUAACCACAAACAGCCAUUCAAUCUAUGUAUCUGAUAAAGGCGAGAAUGCAGUUAUAUGGUUUAACUGGCAGGGACAGAUGAUAGGAAGGAAUGUAGACAUUGAAAGUCCACAAGGUAUUUCACUGUUAGAUGACAGGUACUUUAUGGUGAAUGAUGACGUGACUUUUUGUAUACAUAGAGUAAGUUUGGACUGUAAAGACAGGACAACUAUACUGGAGAAUGUAGAGGAUCCUCAAGCUGUAUGUUGGUGUGCUGAGUCAAGUACACUUUAUUUAAGUACAUGCAGCAAUAUAGAGAGUGACAAUAAUAUUAAAAUGUAUAAAACCAUGUAGAACCAAGCAAUGGUAAUCACUGCAAACAUAGCAAAACAUAUUUAUCAUUACUUAAUGUUUUAAUAAUACACCCAUAAGCAGUUCUUAUGUUGUAUAUGUGCUAAAUAGAAAAUUGUAUUUGUGUAGUUCAAUUACUAAUUUGUCAAACUCCAUCAACGAAAUAAUAUUAUGCUUGUCAGAGGCUUGUAUGAUAUAAAAAUUUCAUUUAACUUCAUUUUGUAUGUAGAUCUACACUCAUUCCAUCACCUCUAUAUAUUCUCAAUACACAUAACAUCUAUGCAAUAUCAUAAAUUAAAUUUUAUACUACACAUUUCUAAAGACUUUAAAUCCAUCUAUAUAUAAUACAAUAUAAAUCAGUAAAAAUUAUAAUAACAAACAUUUGUUUAAUUAAUGUAAUUUAAUUAUACCUCUCCGGUUUCACAAAAUCAUUAGGAUAAUAAAAUAUUAAUAUGGAAACGACGUCCAUAUAUAGCGUGAGCUAUAAUCAAUGUUUGUUUCCCAUAUAAACAUUGUCUAAUAGACUUGGUUAUAUAAGCAUUUGAAUUUCACUGGGUCAUAUAAUCAGUCACAAUAUUUAAAACUAGUAUUGUACACCAACCUGGAAGAAACAACCAAGACAGAUAAGAGAAAGUAUGUCACUGCUACAAAAAAAAUGGCAAAAUUCGCAAAGAGAAAAACAAUUAAAAACGCAUGCUAAUUCUAUGACAUUCAAAGCUGGCACAACAAACAUAUGAUAAAAUGGUGUGAAACUUACAAUAUGAUUUAUAGUAGCUCUUAUUACGUUGAUUUUGUUUCUUUUCUUUUCUAAUGUUUGUAAAUAUCUUCUGAACAUACAUGGUAUAACUUCUGAGGACCUGAAAAUGAGAAUAGUUUCAAAAUGAGAUACUAUAGGUGUAAAAAAAAUGUUUUUAACUUUUGUUGGAUAUAAUGCAAAUAUGAGAUAUGGGGGAUAUUUGUUUGUGUUGAAUAUGCACUAAAUCUCACUAAGAAAUUCAUUUUUUUUAGUUACUGAGAAUGACUGAAAAAUAUAUAAAGAAAGAGUAAUGGCAAAACCAGGUUUUCAAAAAAGCAGGGUCCAAAACCUACAACAUGAAAAUAAAUUUUCAUGUUUGACCAUGCCAGUAAAUGAUAUUUUUUUCAAGUUUUCUCACUGUAAUUAAUUUAUAUAAAGGUUUGGUAAUAAAUGUUGUUUUGUCUAUGUAUGAAUUAAAUCAAACUGCAAAUAAAAGCAAAGUAAAAUGG